UUGAAACUUUCAUUCUGUGAUAAGUAUUUCGCGAGAAGUUUUCUUUUAAUUUAAAAAUUAGUUUUUAUAUCACACAUUUUAACCUAUUAACAAUGAAGUUCACGUCGCUAGUUGUCGUAGUAAUCCUAACAGUUAAGUGCCAAUGUAUCCCAUUGGAAACCAAAAUUGAUUCGGUUCGAACAAACAUUAAGCACGAAUCAAAACAUCCCGAAUUUCGAAGCAUUCCGCACGUUAAACUCAAUCGGCCUGAGGAGCUCGACUCCGAUUUUUGGUUUAACAACGCAAAAGAUUUCGUCGCAACAAAACUGAAUCAACCGACGCGUCUUGGGACUGCAAAAAAUAUAAUUUUAUUCAUCGGCGAUGGCAUGUCGUUGGCAACUCAGGCAGCAGCUCGAAUGUACAAGGGUGGCGAAGAAGAAAGUCUAUCUUUCGAAGAGUUUUCAUAUGCGGGCUUAGUGAAGACAUACUGUCUUGACUACCAAGUAGCUGACUCAGCAUGCACAGCCACUGCAUACUUAUCUGGAGUGAAGAACAAUUACGGCACCAUUGGAAUCAGUGGAAAAGUGCCACGAUAUGACUGUGUGGGACAGAUGGAUGAAACGAAUCACAUAAAGUCGAUUGCUAAAUGGGCAAUGGAUGCUGGAAAAUCGGCUGGCCUUGUGACGACUACACGAGUCACACAUGCCUCUCCUGCUGGUGUGUAUGCUAGCAUUGCCGAUCGAGACUGGGAGCACAAUGCUGCUGUUCAGCGAAAUGGAUGCGAUGACACACUAAUUGAUGAUAUUGCUGAGCAAUUAGUUCAUGGUGAUGUUGGCAGUAAAUUGAAAGUGGUGCUAGGCUGUGGCAUCCGGGAAUUCUUAGAUAAUACGAUGGUUGACGAAGAGGGUUUCAAGGGUUCAAGAUCUGACGAAAAGAAUCUUAUUAAUGAAUGGCUGAAUGCUGCCGAUGAAGGUGAAAACAAGCGAUUUGUCUGGAACAAGACGGAACUUGUCAACAUCAAUGCUGAGGAUACGGACUAUCUACUGGGAUUGUUCGAUCAAAGUGACUGUAGGUACAACUUGGACAUUAUAAAUGAAAAUAUUGGACACAAGGAACCAACACUAACCGAGAUGCUUGACAAAGCUAUUGAUAUUUUGAGCAAAAAUGAAAAUGGAUUUUUCCUCUUUGUUGAAGGCGGAAGAAUUGACCAUGCACACCAUUCAACCCAACCUCAAAUUGCUAUGGAAGAGACUCUCGAGUUCGAUAGAGCAGUUGCAUUGGCAAGAAGUAAACUAAGCGAAGAAGACACACUAAUUGUAGUCAGCGCAGAUCACUCACACACAAUGACAUACGCUGGCUAUGGUGACCGUGGUGCAAACAUUUUCGGUUUCGGUGGUGCAGCUGGAGACGAUAUGCCAUACAUGAUACUCAGCUAUGCGAAUGGUCCAGGAUAUACCCAUCAUACGACUGCCGAAGGUAGAUUUAAUUUGACUACAAUGGGUACUACCGGCUACAAUUUCAUGCAUCCAGCAACGUUGCCAAUGAGCUCAGAAACUCAUGCUGGAGAUGAUGUUGGCGUUUUCGCUAGUGGACCAUGGGCAAAACUUUUCACUGGCGUUCUGGAGCAAAAUGUGAUUCCGCAUUUUAUGGCAUAUGCUGCUUGCAUCGGCAACGGAUUGACGGCAUGUGAUUAGUCAAAGAAACGCAUAGAAUAUACCUCAGAUGCCAGAGUUGUGUCUUUUAAAUAUUAUUUUAAAUG